AUUUAAAACGUCACCCAUUCAUAAACUCUUGAUACAUCAUUUGAACGCUGAACACAGUCGCGUGCGCACGUUCGAGGUCGAAAUCCGCGCUAUUUUUAAACGGCUACAAAAACAAAGAGUGUUUUUUUUUUCUUUUGAAUAUAUUGUGAUAUAUUGGAGUUGUGAAAAUGAGCGGGAACUUCUUAACGAUACCUGGUGAUGACCCCAUUCAGAGGCGAUCGAGAAGCUCGUCCCUCACAGAUUUGAUCUCAGCAUUCGACACAAAGGCACAGGCUCACAGCGAUCUACAGAAGGUCACGGCUUUCAGUGGACACUUCGACAAAAACCACAAACCCACAUUCUCUAAGGAUGAAUACGGCAAACCUAUUCCUGGUUCCAUGACGGAGUUCCGAGGAGCCGAAGCCCAAGCGAGAGUGUGCACAGAAAUGAAAGAACUAUGUGAGAUCAUCAAUGAGUAUGGCAAGACGCCCUGCAAAAGUCUUCUACCUCCAGAGUUGAAGGAUGCCACGAAAGUCAUAUCCUUUGGAGAAUUGUUUACGAUAUACACAGUAAUCUCAGACAAACUCGUCGGAAUACUUUUAAGGACGAGGAAACAUCAGCUGACUUACUUCGAAGGCGAAGUUCUAUUCCAGAAACGAGACGACGAUGUCCCAGUUUUUCUAAUGCAAACGAUGCAGGACAUCAGAGCAUAUUGCGAUAAUAAGGCUCUACAAGCAAGAAGAUCUGUGUCGCCUAUGCCUCAAUAAGUAUAAGAAUUAAGAAAAAUAAAUUUAAUAAAACCUCCUUGUGUUGACUGCAAAUGGCUGGAAAGCGAGACAAGAAAAAAAAAGCGGUACAAAAGUAUAAAAAGUCGAGACAUUAAAACCUUCUUUUUAAAAGUCCUUUUCUAAGAAAUAUAUUUUUAAAUGUGUAUUUUGAAUAUAGAAUGUCCAAACUGACGUUGGUGUCAACUCGUAAAAUAAAUGUGCUUUUAAGCAGUUCAGUGAUUUUUUGAAGAAAAUAUGUCAAUAUAUUUUUCAGUUUGUACAAUCCAUACUUAAUACAGAAUAUUACAGAAAUAUGUAAAUAAAGAGAAUUGCUCGCUCUCGUUACAAUAUUUGCCUGCCGAUAAGUGAUACAAAUAUUCGUUUUGGAAUAUGAUAAAAUAUUUUCUGUUACAGCAAUAUUAUUGUAUGAAAUGAUUUAUUUUUAUUUGUGUUAUGAAAACGUUUUUUUUUUUUUUUUAAGUUUAUAUUGAUAUAUGCAAAAGUCAUGUACGAUUAUCGAGCAUUUUUUUUAAUACUCUCGAUUGAUCCUAUUUUAGAUUAUAAUCAUGAAAAAAUGAAAUAAAUAAUUUAUUAACAAUAAAAAACAAACUAAGUUUCCACAAAUAGAGAUGACUUGAAUGUAAAUUGAAAUUGUUUUUCAUUAAUUUACAUGUCGCGUUUGAAAUUAAAAUGUUCAAGAAAAAAUACGUUUUAUAAAUUCUGAAUUAGCUACUACUAUAUUAAAUAAAAACAAAAUUCGUGUAGCCGGCUUUAUUUUCUUUUUUCAGCCGUUUUGUUAAAAUCCUUUGAUCAAUUAAAUUAUUCUGUCAGACAAAGCAAAGAAAUGCUUUUAUUACAAAAUCAAAUUGAUAUGCCAUCUACAUGUGAAAUGCUGGUUUUAAAGAUUUUUGAAAAAAAAAAAUACUCAAAAAAUUUUAAUGUAUGCCAUCACCCACUUUAUUUAAACUGAUUUCUGUAACAGUAUCCUACAUACAGAAUUUUUGGAUUUGUAUUUCAUCGCAAAGUUAUGAAAGAAAUAAAAAAAAUCUACCGAUUACUGUUAUUGGAUUACAUACAUAUAAUAAGACAACUAACCAAAAAAAUACUAGUGUUGUUACUAAGUUAAAAUAAAUUAAUAAUAUUAAUGAUAGAUGUCAUGUUGUGAAGAAGAUUUUAAAUGUUUUAAUGCCCUAACCAAUGUAUGUGACACUUUGUAAGACCCACUAAUGUCUAGGUACAGUCAACUUCAGGUCAGUGGUAACAGUUUUAUAAGAAAAUCGUAUUGAGUUAAGGUGCAUAACAGUUACCACUGAUGUGCUGUCUACUGUAGAGGUAGGAAGCAAAAUAUGUCAACAAAGAAUAAUAAUUUAUAUUCAGUAAUUUCAUGCUUGAAAGCAUAACUACUGCAAAAAACAGUGGGUUUUUAGUGUUUGAAAAUAACAUCUUAGGAAGGUUAAAAUAAGGUUGAAAAUUGAUUAGGUUAGGUUAUAGAAAGAUAUUUGUAAACAAGGGACCUUUUGUGUAGUUUUGCGUUUUGCGAUUCGCUUUUGUUUGCGAUGUUAAAAAUUCAUUGUUAUAUUGACGCACACUGACGCAGACUCGACUGUUCUACGUAUUAUUAAGAUUACAGUAUCCAGUGCUUUACUUUUCUCUGAAUACAUAUUAUUUGAUACAAAUGUAAUCUAUCAAAAAGUACCUAUGUUUUAAGGUCUUCAAAAAAACUGGACAACAAUAUUUUUUUAAGCUUGUAUAUUAAUUUGAAGACAUAGAAAUACCUAAUCACUAAUUCUGUGGCAUAUUUUCAUUUAAUGGAAAAUAUAAGAUUUUCAUCGCAAUAGACGUAUCUAUCGAGAUGUUAAAAUAAACGUCACUUCGAGUCUGUGUCAGAUUGCAUCGAGCCUUUGGCUUGUGUUGCAAAAAAAGCUUUUUACUAUGUCAAAAAUAUUUAUUAUAUUUUACAAUAAUCAGGCCGAGAAAAGUGUUGUCUCGACAUUGGUCCAUAGAAAAUAUAAGGAGUUCUACAGAACUUUCAUACUAGUGGAUUUUUUGCGAGUUUGUUUUAGGCGCUACACAUACCGAGCGACAAAAAACUGUCACGCAAUUUGACAGUGUCAUUUUAAAACCCGUGGUUGUCAAUUGUUACCUACCCGUACGAUCCACUCGGAAAAACUGAGAAGUAAAUCCACUAGUAUGAAAGCGUUGUUACGAAGGAAAAUGAUCACUUGGCGUGAACCCAACCCUCAAGGUUGAGUGUGAAAUUUAAUGUAUGUUUAUCCUUUAAAUAUAAUCUUAUAAUGGCACAUUAAUCAGAGCUGAAACUGAAACCUUUUGUAAAACAAUGUGCUUAUUCCUUUCAGUAGCAAACCGUAUCCAAUUUCGUAUGGAAAAGAAAAUAAAAUAUUAUUUGGAUGAAAAUGAAUGUAGUCUGUAAAUCUGUUGGGAUUAUUGCCUGAUUAUUUUGGUUUCUCUAUUAUAUCUAGAAGUAAGGAUUGUAAUUUCUUUGAAGCCUGGUUGACACCAUGUGACCUUUGUGCAAUUAAUUGCUAUAUUUUAUUUGUUGAUGUUUUGUACAUAUUAUCAUGUAGAAUCAUACGUUUAUAUUAUUUUACUAUGUUAAAGCGCUGUUUUGAGUUUCAUUUGACAAGAAACUAUAAUUUACCAAAUUGCCUGAACGGAUAGUUGUCCAUAGUUUAAGUAAAUAAUAUUUUUGUCUAAUUAUUAAGAAAAAGUACAUUAUUAUUUAAUUGUACGGAAUUUAAAAUAUAUUAAAGUUAAAUAAAUUAUUUUUAAUACAAUGUUUAGAAUAUCUUUGUGUAUGUUUAUAAUGUACUAAUAUUUUUGAGAAUCUCUUUAGGUUUUCAUGUGAAAAAGUCAAAAUAUUAAAUAGGUAUCUAAGUAAGAAGUAAUAUAAAAUAAAUAAAUUUAUGAAAAAAUAAAGUAUUAAUGGUUUUGUUGUAUGUUAAACAAAAUUAAUUUCUGGGAAUUUAAUGUUGAUUGUUUGUAAGUUAAAUUAAUUUGAAAUUGAAAAUAGAUUUAUUUGAAUCAUUAUUGUUUGAACAAGUAUUGUAUCUAUUGAAUUGAAAAAAAUGAUCAAAUGUACGUUUUCAUAUCGGAUUUGACAACAAUGUAGCAUUUUAUAUUUAAGCCUAUCUAGUCUUUGUAUGUAAGGAAUAAUACUUGUGUUGAAAAUAAAUAUUAUGAAUUUGA